GAGUUGUUUAAUCUAAGGCAUUCUAGCUUACGCAACGUCGUAGAGCGCACGUUUAGAGUCCUUAAGAUGCGGUUUAAAGUGCUACGAGACACUAAUAGACCUACGUUUAAUACAGAUACUCAAGUUGCCUUAGUCUAUAGCCUUGUGUGUCUUUGUAACUUUAUACGUUAA